AUGAGUGACACCGGCCUCUAUUCACUUGACAACAUGGACAUUUGCUCCGUCCCCAUUCCAGAAAGAUCCUCAUCAACCAAAAAGACCCGAGGAGCAAAUGCAACGACCAAGUCAACGGAUCGGGAGAAAAAUCAAGUCCAAGACAAACCUCACCAGGCCAUCACCAUCGCAGUGUCCUCCAGGACCCUCUUCAACAUGGCUGAUGAACGGGCCAUCUAUGAGUCUGACGGGUUGGAGUCUUAUGUGAAAUACCAGCUGGAUCACGAAAACGAGCCACUCAAGAAAGGAUUGGCCUUCGCCUUAAUGAAGGCACUGGAGACAGUUAACUUCCGAUUACUUGAACUUUAUCCUGGCAGUGAUGAAGUAUUUGAUAUAGUUCUGAUGACUAAUAAUCACGCCCAAGUAGGAGUGAGGCUGAUAAACAGCAUCAAUCAUUAUGGCUUGUCAAUUGAAAGAUUUUGUAUGACAGGUGGAACAAGUCCUAUCAAUUAUCUAAAAGCGUAUAACACCAACUUGUACCUCUCAUCAGAUCCUAUAAAAGUUGCAAAUGCAUUAAGUGAAGGAAUUGCAGCAGCAACAAUGUGUCAUCUUGACAAGGAUGCACAGCUUUCCGAGAAGCAGCUAAGGGUGGCGUUUGAUGGGGACUCCCUUGUCUUCAGUGAUCAGACUGAUCAGUUCUCCAAGGCCCUCCAUGGCCUAUCUCCAUUCUUCCAGCACCUCAGGGCUUUCAAAAAUGUUUGGGGUCCACAAGGUCCACUCCAAAGAUUUCUGGAAUCACUCGGAAGACUCCAGAAAAAGUUCUAUGCCAAAAAUGAACGUUUGAAUUGCCCAAUCCGAAUAUACUUGAUCGUAAAAAAGGGCGGUUCAGCUGUUGGAGUAAAAGCUUUGAAGACAAUUCGUUCCUGGGGGCUGGAUGUUGACGAGGCAUUCAUUCUUUCUGGCUUAUCGGCUGAGGAACUUUUAAACAAAAUAAGCCCUCAUAUUUACUUUGAUGACCAGACACCAACGUCGGCAGCCAUCGCACAAUGCAAAUCACGUUAAGGGGGUGGGGUGAUCCUUUUAAAAUCCUUUUGCUGUAGCUUUUAAGAGUACCAACUGUACACUGC